GUAAGUGGACAAAGUUUCUCUGAACGCAGGGGGAACUUGGUUUCUUGUAACGCCUUACCCCCAAGCAUAUUCCACAAUCUAUUAAUUUACUUGUUUGGGGGUUAAAGAGGAGAAUGAGGGGAAAAUAAAAUACAUUCAUACGCAGGAAUAAAUCUGUAGGCAUCCCUUCCAUAGUCCUCAGAGCGUCGCCAUCGCUCAUGGAUUGAUAUGGUAGACACCAAGAUAUACUGUAAAUGAGCAUGAAUGCACACAAUUGUAUUUCUAUGUGUGUAGUAAAUAGCGUAUUUGCUGUUGGGGAUUAUCUUUGUAAACUUAAACAUUCCUGUGAGGUGGAUAUCCCAUUUGCAGAGAGUAUGGGGCAUAUUGGAUAUCGUAAAAUUCCCGGGAUUAAUGGAUGCUGGAGAGAGUUUGUUCCAGUGGCCUUCCCUGGGAUCGCCCUGAUCUGGAGUACCAUGUCCUCCUUGGUGGAUUAAUGGGUCAUUUUUGUAUAACAAUUCAACCAAGAAUACAUAUUUGCAUAUUAAAGACGCAUUAAUUAGUUUUUGGAUUAGUAGAAAUUGGGUUCUCGAUCAUUCUGCACCCAUUCCAGUGGUGUUUUCAUAUGCAUCACUUCCCUUGUGGUCCGGAGUCAUGUGGAUAACCUAAACCGGAUAUGUAUUCCCGUUGGAUUAAAACUGGCCAAUCACAAAAGGAUAUUCUAUCAUUCAAUAAAGUUAUGGGUUUUCCGGUUUUGUGUGGGAUUAUGUUUUGUUUCAGGUUUUAAGAAUGAAAUGCUGGGAGACCUCUACUGUUGAUCGACUUUGUAGAGAAAUGACAGAAAUAUUGAGCAAAUUACAAACACUUUUUUGAAUUCUAAUUUAAUUUUGUUGGUAUUUCAACAUUUUGUUUUUAUAUUUUUGCUCUUGAAAGAGUGAGACUGUCCAAUGGAUAUAGGGGGAAGCAUUAAACAUAAUAAUUUAUUAGAGGUUUGGACUAUUUUUGGAUCAUACAAAUCAAUACAAUUACAUGGAAAUAUGGGGCUACCUGUCUUCUGUCAAUGGAUUACCUGCCUCCUGAAUGUGGAACUACAUCUGUCCAUCCUUGGAUACAAUUAUUCCCAGAAUCAGAACACACAUCAUCAUGUCAACUUCUUCCCAAAGAAUAAGCCUACUGCCUUUAAGGGAACUGUACAUGUUUGGGAGAAUCAUUGGGUGAACUGGAUUACUUCUGACAGGUAAACUGUGUUACGGUCAGAUAAUUUUUGCUUCAAUGGAUCUAGUUGGACUAUUGCUCAAUUUUGCACACAGAAUGUGGCGGACUAUUAAAGAUGAAGAUGAAAGACUUUUCCAUAAAAUCGUGUGCCAUGAUGUUCCAGACUCAUUGCUCAUGGGGUAUCAAUAGAGCACUGUUUACAGAAGCUGGACAAUUGGAUAUCAUUUCCAGAUUUGAUUGGACACUGUAGCCUCAUUUUCCAUUAUUUUAUUGUUAUCAGUUAUGUUUUAUGUAACCAUUUUUGAAAGGAUAGUUUAGUCCUAUGACUAUUUUCCACCACAGCAAAAUCUUGUUACAAUUGGAUUUGAUUUUUGGAGUAUCUGAUCAAAGCAAGUGAGGAUUCCUGCCAUACUGACGAGGAUUACUAUUUUGAACAUAAACCUACCUAUACUGUGUGCUUUUCUCUGUGGAUAUAUUUUUACAUUGACUCUUUUUGGAAUUAGCACUGCAAAUAUCUGCUUGGAAUAAUUUAUUAUCUUGGCUGCAAAGACUUUUGUUUGAACAUAAACCUACGAGAAUGUUUUUGAUACAUUUUUAUGCCCACCCUAUGGUUUUUCCUUUUUUUGCUCACAAAGUUCUGUCUCCCUAGAUUGUAUUUGGAAUUGUAGGUCGGGUUACCGCUGUCUCAAAAGGACUGCUGAAAGUCGGGAUCGAGCAUAUGAUCACAGUGCCUACGGACAUCACGAGCGUGCUAGCAGCAGCUUUGACCGACAGCGUCACUACGACUCAGACUAUUACAGAGAUACCAGGGAGAGAAUGCUUAACACUGGCUCUGGCACUGCCAGUGGAGGUGUUGGGGCUGGCUCUGCAGCGGUCGGUGGAGGAGUUGUAGGUACUUGCGUCAGUGCCUGUGGAACAGGUGGUGGGGCUGGGGCUGUGGCUGGAGGAAGUGGAGGAUCUUCAUCGGUUGGUGUGGGAUAUUAUCGUUCACAUAGCCGGAGCCCAAGCCACUUUGAUAAACCAGAGCCUCAAUAUGAUACUCGUGCCAGAGAACCCUUUAUACUGGGCAGCAUAGUUCACAGGGAUCUGUACCAAGAAGAGCGGGGUCGACGUGGAGAUCGAUCUUACCACGACAGUCGCAGCCGGUCUCCACACUCUUCACAUUCACGUAACCUCUCUCCACAAAGGUUGGCGAGUCCAGAAUCCUGGCCUCCCCGCUCCCACAGUGGCUCCGGCUCUCGCAGCCGUUCCUCCAGUUCCAACUCUGUCAGCAGCACCAGCAGCAGCACCAGUGGCAGCAGUGAUUCCAGCAGUAGUUCGAGUGAUGACUCCCCAGCACGUUCAGUUCAGUCUGCUGCUGUCCCUGCACCUUCAGCUCUGGCUUUAUCUGCCGUUGACAAGGAUGAGCCUCGAAAAAGUUUUGGUGUCAAGGUCCAGAAUCUUCCUGUGCGUUCUACAGAUACAAGUCUGAAGGAUGGCCUGUUCCAUGAGUUCAAGAAGUAUGGGAAGGUGACGUCUGUGCAAAUCAAUGGAGCUUUAGAGGAGCGCUAUGGACUUGUGUUCUUUCGCCAGCAAGAGGACCAGGAGAAGGCCCUUGGCGUGUCAAAGGGGAAGCUGUUUUUUGGCAUGCAAAUUGAGGUCAUCAUCUGGAAUGGCCCUGGUGCGUCCACAACUGAGACUGAAAGCGAGAAUGAGUUCCGGCCUCUGGAUGAGAGGAUAGACGAGUUUCACCCCAAAGCCACACGAACUCUGUUUAUUGGCAACCUGGAAAAGACCACCAGCCACCAUGACCUGCUCAAUAUCUUUCAGCGUUUUGGGGAGAUAGUGGAUAUUGACAUCAAGAAAGUGAAUGGUGCCCCUCAGUAUGCCUUUCUACAGUACUGUGACAUUGGCAGUGUUUGUAAGGCCAUAACGAAGAUGGAUGGAGAGUACCUCUGCAACAAUAGGCUAAAGCUGGGAUUUGGAAAAAGCAUGCCCACAACUUGUGUUUGGUUGGAUGGUUUAGCCUCCAACAUCACAGAGCAGUAUCUCACUCGUCAUUUCUGUCGUUAUGGACAUGUUGUCAAGGUUGUAUUUGACAGACCCAAAGGAAUGGCCCUUAUCCUGUAUAAAAACAUUGAAUAUGCACAGGCCGCUGUCAAAGAGACCAAGGGUUGGAAGAUUGGUGGCAACAAAAUUAAGGUGGACUUUGCCAAUCAGGAAAGUCAGAUGGCUUUCUAUCGCUCAAUGCAGGCAUCUGGGCAGGACAUUCGUGACUUCUAUGAAAUCCUAUCUGAAGGAAGUGAUGAACGCAGGCCGCAAUAUGAGAUUGCAAUUGAACGGCCAUUCUUUGACAACAAUGUGCGAACACCUGGAGGAGCCUUAAUAGAAGACCCCCGUCGCAAGUUACCUGCCAGAAGCCGCGAGUCCUACACUGAAUGGGACCCAUACCAGGGAGAUUUCUAUGACCCACAUUACUUUGAUGACCCGCGUGAAUACAGAGAUCACAGAGACCCCUAUGAGCAGGACAUCCGCAAAUACAGUUACUUGCAGAGGGAGCGUGAGAGGGAGCGCUUUGAAACAGACCGUGAACGUGACCAUGGGCGGAGGACAAUUGAACACAGCCAGAGCCCUUCUCACCCUAAUCGCCCUGUCAGUCCUACAGUGUCCCCCUCUCUCUCUGAGCGUCUACCAAGUGACUCUGAUCGCCGCAUUUGCUGUAGAUCCUCAGAGCAAAGUGGCAGCUGCAGUUCACCCUCACCUCCAAGAUUUGACAAGCCUGACAAGGAACACCCUGACCAGUAUAAUAAGAGUGAUAAGCCAGAGAAGGAGAGAUCCUUUGAAGUUGAACGUGGUAUUGGCGGUGAAAAGGAAAGGCGGGCCGGGUGCAAGGAGAAGGGUGAAAAGGAGAAAGGCGAGAAACUGAGGCUGAGGAAAUUUAAGUUGCUAUCUCCCAGCAUUCCAUCGCCUGAGACGGACCCUGAACUUGAAAGAGAAGGUAGUCCAGGCCUUCGAAGCAAAGUCAGCAAGUUUCCUCCUAAGGAAAAAGAAGGCUCGGGCAAAGGACAGCUAGACCUACCACCUUGUGUGGUGCAGCUAACGCGUGUGAAGGAGAAGGAAGGAAAAUCGCUUGGUCAUGCUGUCCUAGAAAAACAAAAACGUGGGAAUGACAGUAUUCGUCUUGAAUCACCCUCAAGUGACCAGAACAGUCCUCCCUUUCACAUAAAGCCUCAAAAAGGAGAUAUAAUCAAUAAUAGAAAGGUGCCCAAAGACAAAAACAUGGCAAGACUGGUUGAAGUUGUAGAAAAUGAUGUUAAAAUGAAAGCCAAAAUACAUAUGAAAGCUGGCCCUUGGUUUGAUGGUUCUAACUCUGUGGAUGUUGACCGUCUAGCUGCACGAAAGAGGCGUUUUGAAGAAUCCAUGCUGAAGACCGAUCGACUGAAGAGGGCCAGUCAGGAAGAGGAAGAGUGUGGUAGAUUGGGACUCAGGAAGCCAGCUGACAGUGCAAUGGCAGAGGAGAAUGAGGGUGACAAGAGCCUAUUGCAAAAAGGGGUUCAUAAGAAAGAGCAUUGCAAGGCUAAAUCUGAGAGACUUGUUACUGUUUUUAGUCCUAAAGAUAAACAAGAGUCUGAUAUUGUCUCCAUGGGAAUGGGCCUUGGACUCAGUUUGGAACUUCAGUCACGACUUGGAGAGCCAACAGAAGAUGAAACCGAUCCAUUAGACCCACCCUGUCUGAAAAUUGAGUUUUGGGGAUCAAAUAUCCAGAGGAGUUCAAGUCUCAUGAAAAUCUCUGAUGGGAGUCUUGAACAAGACGCAUUCAAGGUACAGCCGCAAGAAGUCAAUGGCGAGCAGGGUGUAGGACUAUACAAAAGCAUAGGGGAGACUGAGGAACGACUUGCGUCUGACAUUGACCACGCUCAGAGCUGCAAAAAACAAAUGAAACAGAGCCAACGGCUUUGGCAGAAGCUAGAAGAGCCUGACAAAUCAGAUAAAACUGAAAGCCCACAAGGCAGCAACACAGAGGACUUUGAAUGUCGCAGUCUGUUGCAUGAGGUAGGAAAAUCACGUCAAGAUGUCACACAUAAUUCUCCAUCUAACAAACGUAAGAAAUCUGAUAGUUUUGAUUUUGAUUUGCUAAGUGCUAAGAGAGAACAACACUACAGGUCUUCCCAGGAAUUAAAUGAAGACCUUUGCCGGAGUGUCACAACCUUUUCUGGCUCUGGUCACUUUCCCUCAAAUGAAGAAGUGUGUGCUUCCCAGUUAUCACAAUCAGUUACCAAUAAAGAGACUAAAGACUCUCCUGAAAAAGAGGACAAAGUCUACUCGCAUGUAGAUUCAUUGAAAUACAGCUUGGAUAUGACACCAAAUAGUCUCAGUUCCCCGAACACAGAAUUUCCUAAGUCUAAGACAACAUUGCUUGGGUGUGAUGAGGAGCUACUUCAACGAUGGGAGAGCGGAAUCAAAUCUGACUUCCUCAGAAUGGACAUGACCUUCCCCAGUAGCAUUGUGAAACCUGAAAGCAUUCGCAAACGUCUUGUGCGUGAACUAGAGCCUGGAGAAGUACAUUCAGACUCAGAUAAUGAUGGGGAGAACAAAAACCACUCCCCUAAGCCCAACACUUCACUGUCCUCUAUCCUCAGGGAACGUGAAGAAAGGUUGACAGACCUGAAUUUCUCAGGCUCCUUGGAGAAGAAUAAGUUCUAUUCUUUUGCAUUAGAUAAGACUAUAACUCCAGACACAAAAGCACUUCUUGAGCGAGCCAAGUCAUUGUCCUCCUCAAGGGAGGAUAAUUGGUCCUUUCUUGACAGAGACUCUUGCUUUGCAAGUCUUCGCAGUAGAUCAGACAAAGAAAAGGCAGAGUCUGCACCACGACCUAUCCCGUCUUGGUACAUGAAGAAGAAGAAGAUUCGUACUGACUCUGAAGGUAAACUGGAUGACAAAAAGGAGGACCCCAAAGCAGAGGAUCAGCAACGGCAGGAGCUGUUUGCCUCUCGUUUUCUUCAUAGUUCAAUCUUUGAGCAAGAUUCACGGCGUUUGCAACAUCUUGAGCGCAAAGAUCCAGAUCCUAAGUCGGGAUUUGGUAGACAUCUUUCCAAACAGGAUUCUGUCGAAGGACAACCUGAGCCAGGAGGAGUGGACCUUCAAGAGCCCAUAGUGCUUUUUCAUAGCCGCUUUCUAGAGCUUCAACAACAGAAGGAGACCUCAAGGGACCACUUUCCACCAGAAAUUGAAAGCGUUGAUGUGGUUGAUAAGAGUGAAGGAGAAGAAGUUCAGAAUGAACAACAAGAAGGGUCUUCCAAGGUUUCAGAGUUCAUGCAGAAGACUGAUAUUAAAUCAGUCGGCCCUUCUCUCAUCCUUCCAAUUUCACUGUUUCUUCCUUCACCCAGAGAGAUAUUGCCACAGCAGGAGAAAGAGGCUGUUUUAACUUCCUCAUCUGAACAGACUGUCUCACCGAUUAAAGAGGAAAAAGUGGAACAUAAUUGUGAUUUGUCCCUAUCCCAAUCUCCUCCAAUAGUAGAGAUCCAACCACCAUCCUCGAUUGUAAUCACACCCCUACGGUCUGUCCUUUCAGAGGCUGAGGUUAAAGUUGAACCUAGAGAGGAAUUAUGUGAACCCAAAGUUACAACUGAAAGCAAUAUUACAGUGGAUCAUGCAUCUUUCUUUGAUAAUAAGCUUCCCACUCCUGGUGCCUCAUUAAGUUGUUUUGAUGCAGAGGCUGCCAAAUUCCCCUGUUCUGCUUCCCCCACGAUUGAAGAGAAUAUGAACAUGGUAAAAUUGGAGGUCCAACCAGAUUGUAAGGACUUUGACACACCUCAGAAAUCUGAAGCUUCCCAUGAGGUUCACAUGCCAGUUUCAGAGGCUGAACUGAAACCAGCAAAGCCAAUUCGCAAACACCCCAAGAGUAAAAGGGCUAAGCCAAAUGUGUCCGUAACACAAAUCCUGAAGCCUCCCGAAACAGUUGUCUCUGAGAAACCAGUUACUCGAAAGAGUGAGCGAAUUGACAGAGAGAAGCUGAAAAGGUCUUCAUCUCCACAAGGAGAAAUAUCAUCAGAGCCUAUAACCACAGCCAAGUCACCAGUUCAUGCCCUUGACCCUGAGAAUGAAUCAAGCCUAUUCCCCGGAAGGACUAGACGCCGAAAUGUUCGGUCUAUUUAUGCCACACCAUCUGAAGGGGAGGCCCAGCCACCAGGUAAAGAGGUGGUGGAGUAUUCCCGCGCCACACGUAAACGUGGUGUUGACAAAGAACCAGUGCAGCAGCUGCAGCAGGACACAUUGAACACAUCUACUAACACAAGGCGAGGUCGCCCAUCCAAGUCACGCAGGCAAGGGGAAGAUGUGUCACCAGGGAAAGGAGACUCACAGAAAGCAACAAAGGAAGACAUUGAUAUCAAAGAGCCUGUGAACACUGGAGAGGGUUUAAGAAUGUCUGAGGGGUGGCAUUCACCCCGUAUGCAGAAAGUGCAGACCGCUCAAGUGUCUUCACCUACUGGAACCUCUGUUGGCAGGAGAGCAAGUAGAGUAGACAAACAAUCUGAGAGUGCAACAUCAACAGGAGAGAAGUCGGGUGAUAAUACUGAAGAGCCUGAGCCCAAAAUAAAAGAUGAGUCUGAAGAAGCAGGGACAUUAUUAGAGGAAGCAAAGCAAUGCUUGCCAACACAGAAAGACAAAACGGUCAAAGAUCUAACUGAUCAAAUUGCAAAAAAGUUAUCUGAAGGGGACAUUGAGAGGAUAGAAUCUACCCAUGUAGAGAAAAGACAACAAUCUGAAAAGAGUGGGAAAGUAAAAGCACCAAGGUUGACACAAAAUGCCAAAUUGGUGACAGAGGAUAAAUUGCAUUGCUUGAGAAACUUUGAGAUUCGUGUAAGCGUAGAUGAUGUGAAAGGGUUGCUUUGCUCUGGGGAGGAUGAGUCUGAAUCUUUUGAGACCACUGUUAAAAAGGCCAAACCAGGAAUACUAGAUAAAGAAGAAACAAGGACUCAGUAUCUGAAAGAAGCAGCAGAGCUCAGCCCAGAGGAAAAUUACGUUCUAUUAGAUCCUGAACCACCGGUGGACCCAGCAGCCGCUCUUUUGGCACGUCAGAUGGAACUGGAACGGGCAGUGGAGAAUAUUGCCAAACUUUCAGUUGAGAAACCUAUUCCACCCUAUAAGGAACCACCUGCAGAGCCACGUACCCUACUGUCCCCUGUCACUGUAGAACCAGAGGACGAAAUGGAGGGGGAGAAGUCUGCUAAUCCUGCCAGUGAAACCGAACUGGCUGCUGCCAUUGAUUCCAUUACUGCUGAAGACAUAUCUACUGAUACAGAUGGGUUCACAGCUCCUCCCACUUACACUGCACUUGUCCCUACACCACUGGUUUCACCCUCUGCCGAUGAUGUUUUGGAACCAGAAAAACACAUUAUUGACCCAGACCCAGGGAUGAGAGUUCUGAUUCCCAGUGUCAAGCCCUUGAUGCCAGAUGCUAAAGCCUCUGAAUCAUCUGUCUCUGGGGCCUCUGCCCAAGAUGAUUCCCCUUCACCAGAAACACCCAAGAAAACAGGGAAAGCAGUCAGAGCUAAGACUCCAAAGAGGUCCAGGGGACGAAAGGCUUGUAUCAACAGGAAGGGAGAGACUACUGAAGAUGUACCAGAAGCUGAGACCUCCCCUAUCAAGCCAACAGAGUCCAUUCCUAAAGACAUGGAAAUCAUCAACUCUAAGGCAGCUACUGCUACAGCAACAGUGGAUGUCACAUGCACCAUGACUGUAGACACCCCUAAGGAGGCAGAACAACCUGCUGUGGAACAACCCGUACCUGAAGAAUCUGCCUUUCACUCUAGCACCAAGAGUCCUCCUCAUUUCAAAAAGUUACAGCUAUCAGCAGUAUCCCCUGCUCUUUCUUCAUCCCUUGCCCUCAAACCAUAUCCAACCCAAUUGAAUGUCCCCCCACCCCGCCCAGGCACGAUGCCUGUUUCACCAGACUGGCUUCCCAGAUCUGAAGAAAGUAGAAUUCAUGCUACUCCUGCAAUUCAAGUUAAUGUAGUCACCCCCCCUGCACAAGCAGUAACUGCACUUGGGAACCAGUCAGCAAAUCCACCCAUGCCUCCUGAUACUAAGGCAUCGGAUAUUGACCCUAGCUCCAGCACUCUAAGAAAGAUCCUCAUGGAGCCCAAAUAUGUAUCAGCAUCAAACAGCAAUGCCAUCCCUACUACAGUCCUAACGACAACGCUGGCAGACAUUCGCAUGUCAGAGAAUGAGAACUCGUCUGACACAAUGACCGCUUGGCACAAGCAUCUUAAAGACAGAACCUCGCCUUUGGUACCACAUCCCACUUUUCAAAAACCUUCCCCGCUCACUGAGACCCAUCAGAACUUUGGAGAGAAGAUAGUGCAUUCAGUCAUUUCUUCGCCUACUACCUCUGUCAUCAGCCGGAUUCCAAUGCCCUAUGAUACUGAGGAAGCACCUCGAAUCUCCCUAAGUAACCGUAAUGCUGGCCUAUCUUUACCCAAACAGAAAUCCGGAUCAAGUAUGAACGAGAACAAUCGUUACCAUGGAGUGGAUGCAGCAGAGGAUUUGAACAGCAGAGGAUGGUCUGUAGUUGAGAGCACACCCUACAACACAGACUCCACUCCUGGCCUCAGGGUGAAUACAUCACAGGGUGUGGUAGUACUAAGUUACUCAGGGCAAAAAACAGAGGGACCUCAACGGAUCAGCGCCAAAAUUAGCCAGAUCCCACCGGCCAGUGCAGUUGACAUAGAGUUCCAGCAGUCUGUCUCUAAAUCUCAGAUUAAGCAAGAACCGCUUACCCCAUCCCAGCCUUCCACCCCCAAGGGACCCCUGACACCCACAGGGUACGGACACCCUGGGGUACUCUUAACUGGCCAGUCAUACAAUUUUCAGCCUGUCAUCUCCACCAUUAAGCAGGAGAGUCCUGGUUCUGACAAGUCAGAGUCGUCAUAUCACACUGGACUUCAGGGUAGCACAGUAAUGAUGAUUCAACCAAAGAUGAUUCAACAACCGGUCACUAGUCCUCAAGUAUUGAUGUACAAGAAAGGGCUUGGAGUAGAAUCCAUACCAAUGCUGGCGGAUAUGGCAAAGGCACACAGGACAUCCAACCUCAGUCCAAUCAUGAAUCCACAUCACCCAUCUUUGACUGGAAACCGUAUGAGUCCUAGUCCCAGUACCCCAACUGAUCAGUCAGUCCCACACCUCAAGCAAGAACCCUAUUCCCCUCGAACAACAGGCCACUCACCUUCACCCUUUGCCAAAGUUUGCCCUCCCAGCAACUCAAUGUCCCCCCAUGGCAGCUCUAUGGUUUUGCAUCCUGGUAUGCCUGAGAUGUCUCUGUACAUCUCCAGUAUGCACCACCCCCACCCAGAGCAGUCUGUUAUCAUGACCCCAGUGUCGCAUAGCGUCACCCAGUCAGUGUCUAUGGGUCGCCUCUCUCACGGCGAGGUCAGGAUGAACACCCCACACCUUUCUGGAAUGAAUUACGGAAGACGGGCAGAUUUCCUACCAUCUUCCCACACUGGGCCUCCUCAGCGCUCCAACAUACCAGCCGUGAUCAGAGACAUGGUAGUGCAGUCCCACGUGGGCCCCACUCGGGGAGCCUCAGACCGCAGCGCCGAGGAGGACAUAAGGCACUACCACCAGGGGCUGUGCAGAUCCUCUACACCCCAGCUCCAGUCAGAUGUGAUGAUGAUGCAGGCAGAGAAACAGAGAGGGCUGCAUCACGCAGGUCUACAUCUGGACCAGUACAGCAUGGCCUCCCGAGACAUCAGAGACAUACGGGACAUGCGCAUCCUGAUGCACCAUCAGCUAGGAGAGCACACCAUCGCAGAGGGACGUCAGUCACGAACUCCUGAGGCAGGAGCAACCUCAAUUACCAACAUCUCUGCUGCUUCCAAUAGUCCCUUGGUUGGAAAAGGCAUGACACAGAUGGGGAAGGAGACUCCAAAACCAUUGGAAGCAAAGAUGUCUCACCCACCUCAUACCGAGAGCAGCAGGAUCAUGGGGGUCCAUUCAUCCGUCCCUGUUAUGGUGUCUCCUCAUCAUCAUCCUCAAGGUGUUCAGCUGAUUCAUCCAGGCGGCGCUGGCUCCUUCCCAGUGUACAGGGAUAUGCGGGACUUCCACUCCCAUUUUUCCAGUCACUCUUCGAUGGGAUUUAACCUGGCUUCCCGCGGCAUCACACCUUCCCAGGAUGCUGAUCUCAGCCACAGGGGAAAGCUGUCUCAGUCACUAUCUGCUGGGUCACUUGGUGGAGGAUGUGAAACCAAAUCGGACAACUCCCACCUCCGUCACACAACCUCCAUAGACCUAUCCCACAUGCCACGGAUACAGAGGGACACCAUUUCACCCUCUUAUACAUCUCCCAUGGCUCUCUCCCACAAGCAAGAGUUAGUUCUGCAGAAGGGCCCACCAGUCUUCAUGUCGAGCCCUCCAGCAACACCCCUCUCAAGUUCCUCAGAGUUGCGCCCUGAGGAUAAACUGGGGCACUCAGGAUACCGGUCCGUCGAUAUGGUGCAGCUUUUAACGACAUACCCCAUAGUGUGGCAAGGCUUGCUGGCACUGAAGAAUGACUCAGUUGCCGUGCAGCUCCACUUUGUCUCAGGCAACAAUGUGCUGACUCACCACUCACUGCCGCCCCUGGAGGGAGGUGCCCCACUCCGCAUUGCACAGAGGAUGAGACUGGAAGCAUCCCAGCUGGAGGGUGUGGCUCGCAGGAUGAUGGUGGAGAAUGAUUACUGCCUCCUGCUAGCUCUGCCAUGUGGACGAGAUCAGGAGGACGUUCUCAGCCAGACCCUUCUCCUGAAAGGAGGCUUCAUCACCUACCUACAGAAAAAACAGGCAGCUGGGAUCAUUAACGUCCCCAACCCCGGCUCGAACCAGCCGGCAUAUGUGGUGCAGAUUUUCCCACCGUGUGAGUUCUCAGAGAGACACCUGUGCCGGCUGGCCCCCGACCUUCUCAACAGUAUCUCCAGCAUCUCCCCUCACCUCAUGAUUGUCAUUGCCUCUGUAUAAUACCUCUCCAUAAAAAAAAAUCAAUUUUCUUGAACCCACACCAAGCCAACACCAGCCUUUUUGGACUUUCAUCCAGUUUAGAAAACUGGGAAUGCCUCAUAGUUGGGAUGGGUUUGACCAUUUUUUGUUUUUAAAAUAUGUAUUUCUCUUCACCAAGUCCUUAAAUCAUCCUACCACAUCUGAUUCCACAACUCUCUGCCUUCACUGAGAGCAUACGGAAGGGUGGAUUAGGAGUUUUGAUGAUCAAUUCUAUGAUCAUCCAUUUCGCUUUUGCCAUUGUUGAAGGAUAACUGGAUUGCAUCUUGAUUUUCUAAGUAUUGAAGGGGACAAGGGAACUAAAUUAGAAGGAUGGCUAAGGGAUGUUUUUACUCUUAUCUAAAUAAUGUUUGAUUUUUUUUCUUUUUUUUCUUAGUGCAAUGACUGGUCGUUAUUGUUUUCUAUGUUGAGAAAACAAAAUCAAAAAGGAAAUCAAAAACAUGACAUUUUUACAGAUUGAGAAAAAAAGGACACAUAUUAUAAUAGACAUGCUCCAGUGACCAAUCUUUUGUACGGCUUUUAUUCUUCUUCCAUCUGCCAAUUUAAUUUCCUUCUACUUCAUUUCCAGUUAGCUUUCCUCAAUGUUCCAUCCCCAGGAAGCUAUAUGGGAACUUUGAGUUGUACAGUUUAUACUUAAUGCCUCAACAGGGGACAAAAAAAAAUAUAUAUAUAUAUAUAUAUAUAUAUAUAUAAAGAAUAUAGAAUUUGUAUUUGCCUCCUUUUCAAGUCUAAUGUUUAAAGAUUAAAAAGAUUUAGGGAGACCAAGUGGAUUACAUGACAGAUGAUCACUUUUAAAAUGUUGGGGAGGGGGGUGGCAACUGACAAGGACCCCAACAAAACUCAGUCCAGUGACAUUUAUGAAUUGAAUGUUUUUAGAAUUGAUUAUGUGCCAAAAUGUAUUUUUCAAAGGAAAAAUCACCACAAUGUAUCUAAAUAAUAUGAACCUAUUUUCAUACUUGAAUUUGUAUUCGUCACUCAGAUCUACUGUAAUAGCCUCUGUUUUUGAUAUAUUUUCUUCAUCAGCCCAACCUGUUACAACCUACUGCUACUCCAUUGUGAAAUCCUGUCCUCAUUUCCAUUGAGUACCAUUAACAGUUCGAUUUGAUGUUGAAUUGUGGAUACAGUUUAACAAACUAGUACAUUUAGUCCUUCUCUCUCCUUGUGUCCUCCACUGCCCCCUACUGUUCUUCUGAAAAUACUCCUGCAUACCAAUAUGUGUUCUCAAAGUCAAAAAGCAAAUUACUAAAUGACAGCUGUAGCAUGCUUAACUUGAAGAAGUAAAGGGGAAAUCCAAUCCAUGAGGCAACAAAUGUGACUUGAACUUUAAACAAUGCCAGGAAUGGAUGUGUAAACUGUCCAUCUCUCUUUCCUUUCUCUGAACUAGUGUCUCCCUGAGCCAAUGCUGUAAAUACUCAUGUUCCCAAUCUAUGCUCUUGCGUACUUUCCCGUAUUACUGUCUCCGUUCAGGGUCCUCAUAUUUUGAUUUGUGUGACAAAACAAGGCAGUCUGAAAGAGACACAGCUAGUUGUGAACCGAUGCAGAAAGUAAACCAUGAUUCUCAGUUUUUGUGCUGUAAAUAUUUAUAUUACUGCAGGCUGAAUACUCUCAUGGUAAUGUUGAAGGCACUUAAUUUUGAUAUACAAAUGACAAGAAAAUACAAAAAGAAAUCUUAAACUGUCUUUUGAUCAAAUCUUAUUUCAUAAUUUGUGUAUUUUGCUGUUCCUCUAUGAGGACAUUUUAAACUGUAAAAUGGUUGUUUAACAUACUUACAGAUCAUUAAAUGGUCUGUCACUCUUGA